GAUCUGGUGUCCGCUGCAGCUGGCAGUGCGGCGGGCGCCGGCACCGGCACUAUCGCCGACAGCGUUGGCUAUUAAUAACGCUCCGGGCGAGCCCGGGGUCGCGCAGCCAUGGCCAGCCCGGAACCUCUGCGCGGCGGGGACGGCGCCCAGCCCGCGAGGGAAACACACACAGAGGCUAGUUUUCCUCUUCAGGACUCAGAAUCCCCGAAGGAAGCCAAGACCUUUAACCCAGAGGCCACUCUGUCUUUGGAGGGGACUGUGAACCUAGAGGACAUUCUCUAUCUGGGGGCAUCGGGGGACUUUGAAGAGAGUCUUUAUGAGGAAGAGUCUGAGAAGCCAGAGCAGACAUUGUUUAUUGACGAAUCGAGGCAGCCAGACGAGGUGCUGCACCUGGAAGAGCCUGUGAGUCCAAAGGAGACGCUGUUGGUGGAGGAACCCGUGAGGCCAGAUGACGUACCAAUUUCAGAGCAGCCUGUGGAGCCAGCUAAGAGCCCAACUACUUGUGAGGGAGAAACAGCAGCGACGGAGGAAAGUCUACCAGCUCAACCGAUUCCCAGCAUAGAGGAGGACCUUAGCGUGGAGGACCUGGAGCUGUUGGAAGGUCGUUUCCAGCAGUGUGUAGAAGCUGUGUCCCAGCUGGAAGAGGAGAGGGACCAGCUUAUCCAUGAGCUUGUGCUGCUCCGGGAACCAGCUCUGCGAGAGGUACAGCAAGUCCACCAGGACAUCCUGGCUGCCUACAAGCUGCACGCACAGGCAGAGCUGGAGAGAGAUGGGCUCAGGGAGGAGAUCCGGAUGGUGAAGCAGAAGCUGUUUAAGGUGACCAAGGAAUGCGUGGCUUACCAGUACCAGCUGGAGUGCCGUCAGCAGGACGUGGCUCAGUUCGCUGAUUGCAGGGAAGCACUGACCACUCGGGCGGCCCAGCUCUCUGGAGAACUGACCCAGCUCCAAGAUGCCUAUCAGAAGCAGAAGGAGCAGUUGCAACAACAACUAGAAGCACCCCCGACCCAGAGUGAUGGGCACUUUCUCCAGGAGAGCCGACGGCUGUCAACACAGUUUGAAAAUCUCAUGGCAGAGACCCGCCAGGGCCUGGAGGAGGAGUAUGAGCCUCAGCUGCUUCGGCUCCUGGAAAGGAAAGAAGCAGGGACCAGAGCUCUGCAAGACACCCAGGCGGAGAUCCAGGAGAUGAGGGAGGCUCUGAGACCCCUGGAAGCAGAGGCCCGGCAGCUCCAACUUCAGAACAGGAACCUGGAGGACCAGAUUACGCUCGUGAGGCAAAAACGCGACGAAGAGGUUCAACAGUACAGGGAGCAGCUGGAGGAGAUGGAGGAGAGACAGAGGCAGUUACGCAGUGGGGUGCAAGUUCAGCAGCAGAAGAACAAGGAGAUGGAGCGGCUGAGGACAAGCCUUGCUGAAGAGCUUUCCACAUAUAAGGCUAUGCUACCCACGAGUCUGGAACAGGCUGCUGCACCUACUUCUCAGGCAGGUGGAGUCGAGGCACAACCGUCAGGGACUCUUUAGAAAUGUAUGGUCGGAUCUGUAGCCCAGAAACAACAGAACAUUUAUCAAAGGAUCACUAGGGACGGACUUUCCUCAAGCAGAUAGGUUGGCUGGAAGCAGGAUCUCAGUCAAUUCGUAUCUGGAUGCUUUUUUUGUAGGCUGCUGGCUCUGAUCUCAGUGCACUAUGGAGGGGGGAAAAGAACCUUUUAUCUUCCAGCAGAACCUUGAGUAACAGAUGUAUCACCACACCCUGAAGUAUUGUGAAGAAUGUUAUGGAUUGCUUUGUGCUGACCAAGAACAUUUGAGGGAAAAUGUUGGGGUCAAGGGCAGCCAAUUUCUGCUAUAAGGAUCCACAACAAAUCCUUUUGUGCUACAGGUAUUAGAUUUUUAAAUGACUCCACUCACAAAGCCAUCUUCCCCUUCAAGUCUACAUUCACAUAAUUUACUCUUAGUGUCAAAUUAAAAAAACAAAAAAACAAAACACCACCACAAGACCCCACUUCUAUAUAUCCCUGAGUGGCCUAGAACUCACUUUUUAGACAGUGUUGGCCCUGAACUCAGAGAUCUGCCUGCCUCUACUUCUGGAGUGCUGGGAUUAAAGGACUGGCAGGCUUAUUUUUUGAGACCAGGUCUCAAGUAGUCUAAGGCUGGUUUCUAACUUAUGUUCAUCAGGAUGACCUUGAACUUCUGAUCUUGCUUCUACCUCCCAACUGCUGGGACUACAGGUGUGCACCAUUAAGCAUGACCCAAGACACGCACCACCCCUCCAGAGUAUCACCACGUAUGACUCUGGCUGUCCUGGAACUCAGAGAAAGGACUCAAACUCACGGAAAUCUACCUGCCUCACAAGAACUAGGAUUAAAAGUGUGCACCACCAUACCCAGCUUGAAAAUUUGUACUACAUGCUAAUGUAACCAGAAGUCCUAGCUAUCACUUCAGAUUUGGACCAGACACUUCAUUAUUCAAACUUUUACAAAGACCAUAAAUGGUUUUGGAGGUGAAAUGCAUCUAAUCAGUCCAAGCGAAAGCAGUUAUUCAUUUUUCCAGUUAUCACCAAGUGGCAAUAAAGGCGCUGACUCUUAAUUCUAUACUUUAAAAGUAGGGGUUCCAAUGAAAACAUCUGUCAGAUACAAACUCUCUGUAAACAAUUCAAGUGUCUUUCAAAUUUAAACUUUGCCUUAAGUUGUCUAUCACACUGCCUUUGAGAUUCUUGGAAACCUAUGUAGCUCUCUAGAGAAGACUUUAAGAAUAUGUAAUUUUACCAAGGCUAGUUUGUGUACUCUACUCAGUAAUGUCUUCAAUUUCCCAAACUGGAGUAAAGCUCUUUUAUCUAUG